UCGAGGUGUUCGGGUUCUGAUUGGUUCGAUUUCCAUGCGCCAUGUGCCCCCGCUGUCUCUACUCCACACAGGGACACAAGGAUGGCGGCUCUGCGGGUGUUAAAGGUUUUAGUAUUUGUCAUUUACUCGCUGUAUGUAGCGCCUGUGAAUUCCGCCGAAGAUAUUUUAGUCGGCUGUGGAGGGUUUGUCAAGUCUGAUGUGGAAAUUGAUUAUUCCCUGGUCGAGAUAAGGCUGUACACUAAGCAAGGCUCCCUAAAAUAUCAGACGGACUGCGCACCCAUCAAUGGCUAUUUUAUGAUCCCCCUUUAUGACAAGGGUGAUUUUGUCCUCAAAAUUGAACCACCUCUGGGAUGGAGCUUCGAGCCGACCACUGUUGAACUCCAUGUGGAUGGUCUCACCGACAGAUGCACCAAGGAGCAAGACAUUAAUUUCUUCUUUACCGGUUUCUCUGUUUUAGGAAAAGUUUUGAGUAAAGGUCAUCUGCAAGGCCCAGCGGGAGUGGAGGUCAACUUGAAGAAUUCUGGAGAGGAUGAAGUACUUCAGAUGGUUUAUACUCAGGCUGAAGGAGACUACACUUUUUCGAAUGUUCUUCCUGGAAUUUAUGAAAUUACAGCAUCUCAUGCCUCAUGGACCCUGGAACAGACUUCAACAUCUGUAGUUGUAUCAAACACCAAUGCCCAGGCUGCAGAUCCACUGGUUGUUAAAGGCUAUGAUGUCUCUGGUGAGGUGCAAAGUGAUGGUGAACCCAUGAAGGAGGUUACAUUUCUUCUCUACUCUGCCACUAUGGUGCAAGGGAUCAGUGGCUGUAGCUCUACCCCCAUAGAUGGUGCCUUCUCCGAUGAUUCAUCACUUGCGUACCUGUGUAGCGCACAGUCGCGCGAGGACGGCACCUUCUCCUUUUCCUCCUUGCCUAGUGGGAAAUACACAGUGGUGCCAUAUUACAGAGGUGAACGGAUCACUUUUGACGUUGCUCCGUCCCGCCUGGAUUUCAAAGUCGAGCACAACUCCUUGAAGUUAGAGCCAAUUUUCCGAGUCAUGGGCUUCUCGGUAAUGGGAAGAGUUUUGAACAGCCCAAAUGGUGAGGGAGUGGCAGCUGCGGUUGUCACCCUCAACAACCAGAUUAAAGUUCAAACUAAAGAGGAUGGUUCGUUCCGGUUAGAGAACAUGACCACUGGCACCUACACCAUCAGCACGCAUAAGGAGCUCAUGUUUUUUGAGCCGAUCACAGUGAAGAUUGCACCCAGCACUCCUCAGCUGCCCGACAUCAUCACAGCAGGAUUCAGCAUGUGUGGUCAAAUCUCCAUUGCCCAUCUACCAGAAGGUAUUAAACACCUAGGGCGCUAUAAAGUCAUGCUUUCAGGCCAAGGACGUGACCAGGCUGUGAUCCGAACGAUCGAGAGCAACCACCUGGGAGUGUUCUGCUUCCAAGCCAAACCUGGAGACUACAGUGUACAGGUGACUUUACCAGAGACGGAAGUCAAGGCUGGACUCGCAUUGCAGCCUCAGUCUCUUAGUAUUUCCCUAAUUGACCGCCCAAUCAAUGACCUGCUUUUCACCCAGUUCAUAGCAACUGUGUCUGGCACUGUCUCAUGUCUGGCUGCAUGUGGAGAUCUAGUAGUAACGCUUCAGCCCAUAAGCAGACUGGGUGAGAGGCAGAACCUUCAGCUUACCAGCAACAGCGAAGUACUCGGCUUUUCCUUCAGCAAAGUCCUGCCUGGAAAAUACAAAGUGUCUAUUGCCCAUGAUGAGUGGUGCUGGAAACACAAGUCCGUGGAAGUGGAGGUGCUGGACUCCGACAUGGAGGGGGUGGAGUUCAGACAGACUGGCUACAUGCUGCGCUGCUCCCUGUCCCAUGCCAUCACACUGGAAUUCUUCCAAGAUGGCAGCACCCCUGAGAACGUUGGUGUCUACAAUCUCUCGAAAGGACUCAAUCGUUUCUGCCUGUCUAAACCAGGUGUGUACAAAGUGACUCCACGUUCCUGCCAUCAGUUUGAACAGGAUUAUUACACCUACAGCACAUCAGCCCCCAGUAUGUUAACACUGACUGCUGUCAGGCAUCACAUGGCUGGUCUUAUCACCACAGACAAAAUGCUGGAUGUCACAGUGACUAUAAAGUCAUCCAUCGAGAGUGAGCCUGCUCUGGUGCUGGGACCUCUGCGCUCUAUAGAGGAACAACGGCAUGAGCAGCAGCUACUGGAGAUCGCAGCUCGCAAGAAAGAGCGGGAAGAGCGAGAAGGAGAGGACAUGGAACCACCUGUGAAGGAAAAACCAGAUGAGCCCCACAAGUCAUUCCAUUAUGAGUUCUCCUACUGGGCACGUGCUGGAGAAAAGAUCACAGUUACACCAUCAUCCAAAGAACUGCUUUUCUACCCACCUGAAGUGGAAGCUACAAUCACAGGAGAGAGCUGUCCAGGUCAGAUGGUUGAGAUCAGUGGGCGAGCAGGUCUCUUCUUGCAGGGACAGGUGACUCCCGAGCUGGAGGGAGUGGAGAUUACCAUCAGGGAGUCUAAUAAUACGAAUCCUCUAAUUACUGUUCUCACUGACAGAAGUGGGAGCUACAGGGUCGGACCUCUGGACAGUGACUUAAAAUAUAACAUUAGUGCCAGUAAAGAGGGCUUUGUAUUGACUCCAGUGGAGGGAAAAUCAGAAGACUUUAAAGCCUUUGCCCUGGCAGGAGUCACAUUUGAGAUUAAGGCAGAGGAUGGCCUACCUCUCUCUGGCGUGCUUCUCUCUCUCAGUGGUGGGAACUUCCGUUCCAAUCUGCUCACACAAGACACAGGACUCCUGACCUUCAACAACCUGAGUCCUGGUCAGUACUACUUCAAACCCAUGAUGAAGGAGUUUCGCUUUGAGCCCUCUGCUCAAAUGAUUACUGUUGAAGAAGGCCAGAGCCUCCGUAUCCCUAUCACUGGCUUCAAAACUGCAUACAGCUGCUACGGCACAGUGCAAUCUCUGGGUGGUGAUGCUGAGCAGGGGGUUGCUGUAGAGGCAGUGGGGCAGGGUGAGUGCAACAUAUACACCGAGGACACAGUGACUGAUGAAGCAGGCCGAUUCAGACUUCGAGGACUGCUGCCUGGGUGCGCUUAUGUUAUUCGGCUUAAAGGAGAGGGCAAUGACCACAUCGAGAGAGCACUUCCUCAGUACAAAACUAUAGAGGUGGGUAGCAGUGACAUAGACGGAAUCAACAUCAUCGCCUUCAGACAAAUUAAUCAGUUUGACCUGAGUGGCAAUAUUAUAACUUUGUCAGAGCAUCUUCCAACUCUCUUGGUGAAGCUCUACAAGAGUGACAACCUCGACAGUCCUUUCCAGAGCGUGCCACUGGGCCAAUCGCUUUUCUUCCACUUUUCCCCUCUCCCACGUAAUGAAGAGAGUUAUGUUUUAAUGUUGGACACCACUCUUCCUCGCUCGCAGUAUGACUUUAAGCUUCCCCAGGUCUCCUUUAAGGCCUCUGGCUACCAUAAACAUGUGACACUCACGUUCAACCCUACUCGAAAGCUUCCGGAUCAGGAGGUCGCUCAGGGGUCAUACAUAGCACUGCCUCUCACUUUGCUGCUCCUACUGGUGGUUUAUAAUCAUGAAAGGGCGAUUCCGAUCUUCCUGCAGCUGCUCAGCCGCGUUCAGGGCGUCCGAAACCUGUCACAGACCAGCAAUGAAGGACAGGCUGUGGAGGAUGCCAAGCGCCCAUCCAAACGACCCAAGACACGGCGUACAUGAGACACCUAGGCCAUGCCCACCACUCAUUAUUUUUGGCCAAAGCAUAUUACAAUUUGAAUAUCUCUGAUGUCUAUGAAACAAAACAGCAGCAGCCCUGUGAAGGCCAACGGGACUCGGACAUUUAACAUUCAUCUUCUAUUUUUCUUUGCAUGGACUGCCUCUUUAUUGUCCUUAUCAAAACAUUGAGGGACAUUUAAUGUGCAUUCAUGACUGUCUGAUUCCUGGUAUAUGUGACUGAGGUGCAGAUAAUUUUUGUGUAUAUGGGCCUUCUGUGAAUGGUGGCUAUGAAAUGAUACCUGUGUGUCUCUAUGUUGUAGAUACUAACAACAUAUCAAGGCAGAAGACUGCAAAUUAAUAAGUAAUAAUUAUGAUGAUAAAGAUUGUAUGAAUGGAUUAUUUAUUAACAUGAUAAAUUCAUAGAAUUAGACUGUCUACAUUUUUUCCUUUUUUUUUUUCUUUUUUUUUUACAUUCUGAUCAUUGGUUUUUAAAAUUUGAGUAUUGAUCACUUUUUUUUUCCAUGACACAAAACAUGCAUUAAAUGACAGAUUUGUGAGUGUUUCAACUUGACUUUUCUGUAAUGUAUUGAAGGUAUCAUGAGAAUUUGCAGCUAUAAAAUAACAGAAAGCAAAAAAACUGGAUGUUGUGUAACUGUGUGGGCUGUGGUUUUGAUACUGAAAAUAAAAUGCUUCAUUUGACUUUUGGCAACAAAACAAAAAAACAUUCAUUACAUCAUGACCUGGAUAAGAGGUUAACCUGGUUAAUACA